AUGGCUCUGAGCCGCCCGCCAGCGUAUGAGGGUACGUCUCUACCCACCUCCCAAGCGAGGUCCGGUCCCAACGAAGCGCCCCCUAUAUAUUCAAUGGAUCAGCAGCAAGUUCCAGGAUCAUACGGUGGGCACUACAGCAUACAAGGUCCCCAGCGCGGAGGAUAUCAAGGCCCCCCAAAUGAGCCAUGGAUCGAGCGAGUCCUCGAUGAAAUGAAGGACAUGCUCCUUCUCCUUACCCCCCUGGGUCGAAUCACUUACGCCACACCAUCGUGCAAGCACAUCACCGGGCGUGCUCCGAAACAACUCGAGGGAAGUCUUCUGUCGCAAUACAUUCAUGAGGACGACCAGUCAAUCUUCCAAAGAGAUUUGGACGAUUCGGUCGCCGCAAACCAAUCGUUUCGGACCCAUAUACGUUUUCAAAAGGCCGGCAGCACAUACUGUCUCAUGGAGGCAUACGGUCAUCCGCAUAUCGCAAAUCAGGACGAGCGCCAGGGCGGAGGAAACACUCCAAUCCACGAGCGCUGCACCGGCUUUUUCCUCAUGUGCCGACCGUAUCCCAACAGGAUCUCGCAGUUGCUAGACUCAUUUUUGGAACAUAAGAUUGAGAAUGCACGCCUGAUUCAACAGAUUGCCAAACUGAAGCAAGAAGAGGAUGAAGAGGCGACCGCCGCGCGGGCAUCUUACUCCAAGGGCGACUCGGAUCGUCGUGCUCCCUUGGCCGAUACCCACGGCCAACACUCUGCUCCAGGGGAAAUAUCUAGCGAUCCUGAUACUACAGACACCGUGGCACCAAACUCGGACGAGUCCGAUACCAGCCAGUCAACAGACUCCUACCGAGAGCCCAACACCAGCGGAGCAUAUUCGCACAUCGACGGUAUCGAAAUUAUGACUGGUCUCAACUACGCAGAUGGCGAGAGAUCGCAGGGCCUCAGCACAGGUCUUAGCCGCGGUCGGCUUGUGCAUUGCGAUAUCGACAUUACUACAGCUGCUGACCAAGAGCGCACUGCUCAGGAAGGUGACCGGCGGAAGAGACUCAAGGCCCAACAUGUUUGUGGCGAUUGUGGAACUGCGGAUUCGCCCGAAUGGAGAAAAGGGCCUAAUGGGCCUAAGACCUUGUGCAAUGCAUGUGGCUUGCGCUGGUCCAAAAAAGAGAAGAAACGCCAGGAAUCGGCCUGA